GCCCUGGAAGUUGUGAUUUUGGCCUUCUGUCACCUACUAUUUCCUCUAUUUCCUAUUCCUGAUCCUCGCCCUUAUCCCUCCUCCCCAACCACAAUCCGCGACCCCAUUCAACCCGUAACCAACUACCAACCCAUUUCCCACCCGAUCGCACUGCGGCUGUUCACCCUCCAAAAUUCUCUAAUCGAAUUUCGCGACGCGACUUUUUUUUUUUUUUUUCAUCCAUCGCGACAUUCGUCACUCGUAACACUAUUCAUCUUCAUUUAUAUCUAUUUUAAUUUAAUCUACUCAUCGCAGUUCAAUUAAAUUGCUGACAUUUUUUGCACAUAGUCAGAUGGGUUCCCAUUUGCGACUUCAUCCGUCAUGAGCUCUUGGAUGAACGAGGCCGCUGCCGUCCAAAACCACAAUGGCAACGGCUUUCCACAUAUGAACGAUCCGAAUAAUAUGGGAGCUGGAGGAGGAAUGGGCGGCGCACCGGGAGGUAUGAUGGAUCCAUCUGCCUUUAUGGCCAAUACUGCUCAGUUCAAUCCGGUUACUACUGGCCAGUUCAAUCAUCAACAGAUGGCCGCCAUGCAUAAUAGCCCGAUGCGCAAUGUGUCGCCUUCUUUCCCGAAUCCCGCGUAUCAAACCAACCCCGUCAUCCCGUCAAAACGGCCUCGCCCUAGAGAAGAUAGCAUUGGCGCGUCGCCGCGACAAAAUCCCAAUAUGUUACCGACAUCGCGCGCCGACACUCCACAGCAAUCCUCGUUUCAGGGCUUCCAGCCGAAUGCGAUGCAGCCUCAGAAUCACGGCCAACCUCAACAUUAUCCUCAUUUACAAUCCAAUGGCUCAGCCAACGCGUCGCCGUCGCCUGUAAUGGCAGGCAGCCAAUUACGACCGGGUAGCGUACCACAACGCGUCAAUACCGCGUCGCCCCAUCCUUUCUCACCAGCAUCGCAACAACACUUCGGCCCUCAAGCAUCACCAGUCCCAUCUGAUCAUGGCAACACGCCCCAGCCAGGCAUGUUUAUGAAUCCGCAAAACUUCCCCCAAGGUUUUAAUCCGGGUUAUACGCCUGGCCAUUCGCCGGCUAGGCCACCCUCAGCCCAGAAUCCUAUGGGUCAACAGAUGAUGCCUCAGCCAGUCAACCAAAUGCCACAGCAGAUGCCUCAGAUGCACCCAGGCCAGAUGAUCACCCCUCAACAGAUGCACCAAAUGCAACAGAUGCAGCAGAUGCACAUGCAGCAGCAAAUGCAGGCGGCGCAAGGUCGCGGCGGAUUAGAUCAGAAGAUGUUAUAUCAGAUGCGUUUACAACAACAACUUCAACAAGGCGGUAUGCCAAUGGCUGCGCAAAUGCAAGCUCAGAAUAUGUCUCAAGGUCGGGGCAUGAUGCCAAAGCAAGGAAUGCCAAUGCAGAAUGGACAAAUGCCCCCUGGCGCUAUGCAGAAUCAGCAUUUACCGCAGGUGGCGCGACCUAACAACCCAGAAGGAUUUCUUAAGAAUCUAACAGCGUACAUGAACAUGAAGCAACUUCCCUUGGACACCAACCCUAUCAUUGAAGGCCGGCCAUUGCAUCUGCUUCAGCUUUUUCAAAAUGUUUCAAAAUUUGGUGGAUACCGGAACGUCACCAUGAAUAACCUUUGGAUUCAAGUCGCUGCGUCGGUUGGAUUUAGUGCACAGCAAAUUCCAUCAGCGCCGCAUCAGGUAAGAAGCGUAUACGAGCGGAACUUAUUGAAGUUCGAGGAAGCCUGGGCAAUGCAGCAGCGGAAUCAGCAGAUGAAGCAACAAGUGACGGCGCAAUCUGGUAUGCCUGGACAUGGCGGACAUGGCCCAUCCCCAAGGGUAGGCCCGCCAGCACCCAGUCAACAUAUACACCCUGGACCGCCUCAGAUUCACCAACCACAUGCGCAAACGCCUGUUAAACAAAUGACACCGGUAAUACAACAGGUGAAUGUCAAUGGGUUUUCUCCUUCGCCACAACCACCUCGACCCAAUCAACCCCAGGCCAGUGCCAGCCAAGCCCACAUGAGGAAUAUACCGAGAAACAUUGAUACUAGGAAAUCGUCCGGUGAAUUCCCAGUACCGUCGCCAGCACCAACUGGCAAAGCUGGUAGUAUUUCUAUACCACCUCCAAGUCAGCCGGAUAAUGCCCACACGAAUGGUACCGCAACCUUGCCCUUCCCGGGCCCAUUUUCAUCUAAUCCUAACGAAUAUGUGCCUUGUUCUCGCGAGAUGAUGGAAGACAUUUUUGGUGGUUUCAAUUUGAAAUCAAUGCAGAAGCUAGGUGAUGAUUUGGAGACAUGGAGGCCCGAUGUACCGGGACCGCAAGAACUCGGCAAUAUCGACAUUCAUGCCCUCACAAAAAGCAUUCAGUGCGGUAUACAUGGGGAAGUUCGACUAGCUCUCGACACCCUCGGCACGAUAUCACGACACGCAGAAUACUUACCGGGUUUGAUAAUCGAACUGAGAGCUUGUGACGAUUUAGUAGAAUCUCUCAUAGAUUGUGCUGAAGAGCAAGUCGAUCUACUGGUCGAGAAGGCUGAUCCAAUCUCUGACGAGAUAGAUUUAUCUCCGUAUGAAGAUGUCAUACGAACCUGCCGCCUUGAAGCAAUGGGGCUGCGUAAAACACACGUUUUUGGAGAUGCAGAUUAUGAGCUGGAGCAUGCCGCAGAUCGGCUACUCGCCAUAACAACAAUUUUGCGAAAUUUCUCUUUUGCGGAAGUCAACCAGCCCAUCCUCGCUGAUGAGAUCAUUGUUAAAUUCCUGUGUGGCGUGAUACGUUCGCUGGGUACGCAUGAGAACUUAUUACGGUCCCCGAAAAACACAUUAGAUUUCAUGAAAGACGUGAUAGUGUUACUCUCCAACAUAGCUGGAUCUAUAGAGAUAUCCGGACGAGAGCAAGCCCUAUGUCUUCUUCAGUUCCUGUUGGCAUUUGCUCCAUCGCCGCCACCAUCGAUAGCAGCUGAGAGGGUUGUCUUCUCGUCAUAUGAGCCUUUGGUGCAUUAUUAUCUUCCGCAUGCCGUCGACUCUUUAGCCAAGCUUCUGGCACGUGAUGAGCCGAAUAGAUCAUACUAUAAGAUCAUAUUCGCCGCCGACGCUUCUGCCUCACCUCCCUACGACCUCCUUACUCGAACAUUUGGGCUCGCAAUCUCUCCUAUACCGGACCAAAAUAAAGAGAGCCGCCCAGCAAAUCUCCCCUCAUUCGUUGAAUCACGCAAGGCCUUACUCAUGCAGGGCCUCCUUGCAGCGGAUAUCAUUGCCCAACUUGCUCCUGGGUUUGAGUCCGGGGUUACGCAGGCUUGGCUUUCGUCUGGUGAAGGAUUUGCGCAGAACCUCUUUAGGCUCAUUCGAACUCUGUGUUCACAGGCAGAGCCAACACCUCGUGUACCCGGUAAUGCUAGGACGCAACCGAGAGAAGAUGUAGAUAUUCUCUACAUUAUCACAUGCGGUGUCUCUGCUUUGAGGAGGCUGAGCGAAAAGGCCAGAGACCCGAAUAAUCCUGCUAGCAUCCCACCUAAUGCUCUCCCCUCGCGCGACAGUCUCUUUGGAGCUUUACAAAGUCUCAAGAGCCCUAAGUGGACUCUGUUACUAAACCAAUUGAGUAUUUAUACUGGUUUGGAAAGUUGAGCAAGAGUUGGGGUAAUGAAUUCUAUGUUGAAGCUUGGGUUGAGCUAGUUGUUUUGAUUCAGGCCACCGAGAAACAGGCGUUAAUUAGCCCCGACAGGAUAGGCUACGAGCGAACAAUGGAUUGUAGAGGAAGUCUAUCGCGGGAUGCCUCGAUGAGGUACGAGAGGCCGAGGCUCAGCUUCACACGUACUAGGAGCGCGGCGUUUAGGUAUCAGAAGAUCAGCAUCGGCGAUGAUGUACAAAUGUAGCCCAAAAAAUUUACAGGAUAUGUAUAAAUGUAGAUUAUGCGAUACGGCCUCUACGGGCAAUGCAAAGCGGGCUCCAGAGGUGGUUUUAUUUCGUCCUAAACCCCUGAGGUAUUAUCUAAAAAGUUGACGCUAUUUAGUGACGAAUCAUGAAUUCGGGAGUCAAAUCAGCCAUUAGCCCAAUAUUUUUUUUUUCAAUUUAGCUCAUUGCAUUCAA